CGCCGUAUUUAACUGCAACAUAAAUGUAGGCGUUUAUAUUUUUACGGAGUCUAAGACAAGUUGCCUAAAACGGGGGAAUAAUCUUCCAAGUGCCGCCACAUCUUGUAUUUGCAGGUUAAAUAUUUUAAGGCAGAGAUGCUUUUUCUAGGCUCUGAUCUGCUUCAUUUCAGCUCUGUAUAGGAAGGAAGGUUUAGCUUCUUUGGAAGUUCGAUCAGUCUUUUACAAUGAAAGGCAGCAGAGAAGAUGGAGGAGGAGACAUAAUUUCAUACCAGGAUGUGUAUCCUGCGAAUGGAUUGGUUCCUACAGAAGAUGAAAAUGAACAAUCACCAGUUGAACAGGUGGCACUUACUGUGCCCACAACAGAUGACCCAAGCAUGCCUACUUUGACCUUCAGAAUGUGGGUCCUUGGUGUUCUGUCAUGUGUGUUGUUAUCUUUUCUGAAUCAGUUCUUUUGGUACAGAACAGAGCCCCUCUCUGUAACUGCAAUCUCUGCUCAGAUUGCAGUACUUCCUCUUGGCCGGCUAAUGGCAGCUACCUUAAGCAAGAGGAAGUUAUUUGCUGGAAGCAAGUGGGAGUUCUCAAUGAAUCCUGGACCGUUUAACAUAAAGGAGCAUGUGCUUAUUACAAUUUUUGCUAAUUCAGGAGCUGGCAGUGUGUAUGCUAUUCAUAUAGUAAGUGCUGUCAAGAUUUUCUACAAGAAGAGGCUGGAUCUGUUCGUUGCUUUUCUCAUUGUUAUAACAACCCAGGUACUGGGAUUUGGAUGGGCAGGAAUCUUCAGAAGAUAUUUAGUGGAGCCUGCUGCCAUGUGGUGGCCGUCAAAUCUUGUCCAGGUUUCUCUCUUCAGAGCUCUUCAUGAAAAGGAGAAGAGACCCAAAGGAGGCCUUACGAGAAAUCAGUUCUUUCUAUUAGUUCUUACAUGUAGUUUUGCCUAUUAUAUUUUACCAGGCUAUAUGUUUCUCAUGAUCACAUCACUUUCAUGGGUCUGCUGGAUAUUUCCUAAAUCUGUACUGGCACAACAACUGGGUUCAGGAAUGCAAGGUCUUGGUAUAGGUGUAAUUGGUAUUGAUUGGUCCACAAUUUCUUCAUAUUUGGGAAGCCCGCUUGCUAGUCCUUGGUUUGCCAUUGCCAAUGUAGCUGUUGGAUUUGUGCUUGUAAUGUAUGUGAUCACACCAUUGGCAUAUUGGAUGAAUCUUUUUGAUGCAAAGACAUUCCCCAUAUUUUCUAGUCAUCUUUUCACCUCCUCUGGCCAUCAGUACAAUAUCUCCGAGAUUAUUGAUUCAAAUUUCCAUCUGGACUUAGCCGCCUAUCAGAAGUAUGGCACAUUAAAUUUAAGUACCUUCUUUGCUAUGACGUAUGGAGUGGGAUUCGCUGCCUUGACUGCCACAAUAGUUCAUGUACUUCUUUUCCAUGGAAAAGAAAUUUGGCAUCUGAGCAUGUCUGCUUUUACGGAUCGUUCAGUGGAUGUGCACACGAAGUUAAUGAGAAAAUACAAACAGGUGCCGGAAUUAUGGUUCCAACUAAUACUUAUUGGCACUAUUGCUUUGUCCAUCUUUGCAUGUGAGUACUACAUUGAUCAGCUUCAAUUACCCUGGUGGGGAGUACUGUUUGCAUGUCUUAUUGCUCUGGUCUUCACACUUCCUAUUGGCAUUAUUGCUGCAACCACCAAUCAGGCUCCAGGUCUGAACAUCAUCACGGAAUACAUUAUAGGUUACAUUUAUCCUGGAAGACCAGUUGCAAACAUAUGCUUCAAAGUAUACGGUUACAUUAGCAUGACUCAAGCCCUCACAUUCUUACAAGACUUUAAACUGGGUCAUUAUAUGAAAAUCCCCCCACGAAAUAUGUUCAUGGCACAGGUAGUAGGCACAGUAAUUUCAUCAAUAGUGUACUUAGGAACAGCCUGGUGGAUGAUGGAGACCAUUCCCAAUAUCUGUGACACAAAUGUCUUGCCUUCAAACAGCCCCUGGACUUGUCCAAUGGACCGGGUUUUCUUUGAUGCCUCUGUAAUAUGGGGAUUGAUAGGACCCAGGAGGAUUUUUGGAGACCUCGGCAAAUAUGAGUCCAUUAGUUGGUUUUUCUUAGGUGGGGCAAUUGCUCCACUUUUGGUAUGGCUGGUUCAUAAAGCAUACCCAGACAAAAAAUGGAUCAGAUUGAUUAAUAUGCCAAUACUAAUUGGGGCAACAGGAAUGAUGCCCCCUGCAACAGCUGUCAAUUACACAAGCUGGAUACUAACGGGAUUCAUUUUCAGCUUUGUUAUCUAUAGAUACAAGAAAGAUUGGUGGCAAAGGCAUAAUUAUGUGCUUUCAGCUGGGUUGGAUGCAGGAUUAGCAUUCAUGGGAGUGCUACUAUAUGUGUGCUUGGGAUUGGAAAAUAUUUCCUUGAAUUGGUGGGGAGAAAAUUUGGAUGGAUGCCCUUUGGCAUCAUGCCCCACUGCCAAGGGCAUUGUAGUUGAAGGCUGCCCUGCAUUUUCUUGAUUAAACAAAAUAUUCAAACUUGUAUAUAGUAGAUAUUUCAUUUGAUUCUUGGAUCAUGAGGUUAAUAUCACUGUCUCUUUAGAGAUUCUUGGCAUUAUUAUGAUUAUUUGUUGGUGUGGAGGAAGGCAAUCUCAGAACACUUCUCUAUCAGAUGUAGGAUUGCAAGAGUUCAACAUCACAGCCUAUCCCGCUUAAAUAUGUACUUUGAUUGCUUGCUUAAGAAGCACUCCAAGUCUGAUCAGAGCCCAGAUGACCUGAAAAAUUGCAGUUCCUGCAGCUCAGAUUUUUUUUUAUAUAUUUAUGUGCCAUGUAAACAGAUUGGCAAGAGUGUUGCAUUGUCUAUCUAUUUGUAUCUUUGAUUCUUAAUAAGCAUCCUUGUUUA